AUGGCUUCGUCGGCGGUCUUGACUGGAGUCUCGUGCUGGUUGGUGUUGGUUCUUCGUGUCUUCGGUUCUUUUUUUCUUCGUUCUAUGGAUGACGAAGUGUUGAUUGAAGAGGUGGAAGAAGACUGUAGAUUUUGUAUGAGCAUGCACCCGUAUAUAUACCCGUCGCCGUACCGACUAGUAAACCUGUAUGCUGAUUGGUGUGUUUACAGUCGGCACGGUUUCUUUUGUAAUUUAGCCGGAAUUUGUUUUACAAAGGUCAAAAUGGUAUCUACGUAA